GCUGCAAAAGUGCAAGUGCUGAGGAGAACAUUACCAAUUCCUUGGGAACCACUGGUAAAAAUCGUCAGGACGCCCCAACGCCUCUGGUGAGCACAUACGUAUAACCCGUGCUCGUGCACCCCGCAUCCGUGUAUAUAUAAAAACCAAUGCACCCGCUGUUCCGCCGGUCGCUCCCAUCCAUCCAGCACCUCAGCAGCGUCUUCCAGCUUCAUCUCCGCACACCCACCACCAGAGCACUCACCAUGACCGCCCCCUCCAAAAUCACCGACUGGGUGCCGACAGACUCAAAAACCGGCGAAUUCAAGCGGAGCACCUCGAUCUUCCGCAACGCGCUCAGCUCGUCUCUGUCCUCGCCAUUCCCGGCGGUCUCAAACCGCUACCACCUCUUCGUCUCACUCGCGUGCCCCUGGGCGCACCGCACACUCAUCGUGCGCAAGCUCAAGGGCUUAGAUGCCGACCCCUCGCUGCUGCCAGUAUCAAUCGUGCAUUGGCACAUGGGCACGUCGGGCUGGCACUUUGCGACUGCGGAGGAGGCGGCGAACAACCCCGAGCUCGCCGUUGCGCCCGAGGGCGUGAUCGGCGCCCGCCACCUCAAGGAUCUGUACUUCGCCGCGAGCCCGGACUACGCGGGGAGGUUCACGGUGCCGCUGGUCUGGGAUACGCAGAAGGGGACCAUCGUCAACAACGAGAGCGCCGAGAUCAUCCGGUUGAUGUACACCGAGUUUGACGGGCUGCUGCCCGCCGAGAACCAGGGCGUAACGUACUACCCCGAGCACCUCCGCGCGCAGAUCGAUGAGUUCAACGGCUGGGUCUACGACGGGCUUAAUAACGGCGUGUACAAGUCAGGCUUCGCCACGAAGCAGGCGGCGUACGAGGACGCGGUCACGGGGGUGUUUGCCACGCUGGACCGCGUGGAGGAGAUCCUGGCGGCGUCGCAUGCGAAAGGCGGCAGGUACAUCUUUGGCGAGCAGUUGACAGAGGCGGAUAUCAGGCUGUACCCGACGGUUGUGCGGUUCGAUCCGGUCUAUGUUCAGCACUUCAAGACAAACUUGAAGAUGAUCAGACAUGAUUACCCACACAUCCACAAGUGGCUCAGACAUUUGUACUGGGACAUUCCCGCAUUCAAGGAGACGACCAACUUUGAGCAUAUUAAGAAGCAUUAUACGAUGAGCCACUCGCAGAUCAAUCCCCACGGCAUCGUACCGCUCGGUCCUGUGCCGGAUAUGCUGCCCAAUGACGAGUAGGGCUGUAGAAGCCGGUGGAAGAGGGAGGAAGCAGAUGUCUUCUAUUUCCUAGAUGGGGGAUACAUGUGCCUAUUUUAUCCAUGAUUGCGAGCCAAUGCGAUUUCAGCGUU